AUUUCAUCAUGCCAUGGUUCCGGGAUGGACCGCAGAGCAUCCAUGCGAUCUUUUCCACAUGGUUGAAGUGCUGUUCUUGCUGUCAACAUCACCUCUUUCUGUUGGCCACUCACAGUCACUAUACUUUGUGAGUGAGUAGGCAGCUGCUCCACAGCGGGGACACAGAAGAAGAAGAAGAAGCAUUUCGCCGCGGCCAACCGACCUCAAGAAAACCACCUACCAGACACCCAACACUCACACCAUGUUCACCUGGCGACGGCAAUUUUCACAAACCGCAACCCUCCUCAAAACCGCCGCCAUGGCAUCCUCCACCCCGAAUACGAAAGCACACUCCUUCCAAGUCAUCCGCGACGUACCACCCCUCCGCACUCUGCGACGAGAGCUCCUUCUCUCAAACCGCACAGUAGGCCUCGUGCCGACAAUGGGGGCACUACACGAAGGCCACCUCUCCCUAAUCCGCCAAGCGGCCGCCGAAAACACGGACGUGAUCGUGAGCAUCUUCGUGAACCCGACGCAAUUCGGGGUAAACGAGGACCUAUCGAGCUACCCACGGACAUGGGACAGCGACGUGGCGCAACUGGAGGCGCUGAAUGCCGAACUAGCCACACAGCAAACCCAGACCCCAAACGAAAACCCACGUGGAAAAAUCACAGCGGUGCUCGCGCCGACCGCGCAAACGAUGUACCCGACGCUUCCGCCGUCGUCCGCAGAGGACGGCGACGGGUCGUUCGUGACGAUCACGCCCAUCGCCCGGAAGCUGGAGGGGGCGGCGCGGCCGGUGUUCUUCCGCGGGGUGGCGACGGUGUGCAUGAAGCUGUUCAAUAUCGUGGGCGCGGACCGCGCGUAUUUUGGCCAGAAGGACGUGCAGCAGACGGUCGUUGUGCGGCGCAUGGUGGCGGAUUUCCACGUGCCGACUGAGAUCAAGAUCGGGCCGACUGUGCGCGAGCAGGACGGUCUGGCGAUGAGCUCCCGGAAUGUCUAUCUCGGUGCUCGUCGCCGCGGCGUUGGGCUUGUGCUUUUCCGUGCGCUCAAGGCUGCGGAGGAGAAGUACGCUGCGGGCUCGUUGCGGCGGGGUGAGAUACUCGAUGCGGCGAAUCGCGUCACGCAACGGGUGCUGGCUGAGCAGCAGGGUUUGGGCCCGGCGGAGCGCGCCCUGUUCGAGGUCGAUUACAUCUCGCUGGCGGAUCCGGAUACCCUGGACGAGCUCGAUACCGUCGACCCGCGCCGUGGCGCGAUUCUGAGCGGUGCGAUCAAGAUGGCCCCGCUGGAGGAGUCGACGCCCGGCGAGGACUGCGGGCUGGGCGAAGGCAAGGUGCCUGUGCGACUGAUCGAUAACCUAAUUUUCCCGCCGCGAGAGUAGACUUUUGUGACUUUUGGUGGCGCAGGAGCUACAAUGUUUAUACCCGGAUGUCGAUAAACUGUUGAAUAAAAUGUAGACUACAUAUAUCAC